AAAAACCUGCAACUCUGAUCAUCGUCCUAAAGAGAGAGAAAUGGCUAAGAAAGCUGUGUUGGUCGGAUGCAAUUAUCCGGGAACGAAGGCUGAGUUGAAGGGCUGUGUUAAUGAUGUAAAUCGUAUGUACAAAUACCUCGUCGAUCGCUCUGGUUUCUCUAAAGACGACAUUACUGUUCUUAUCGACACCAAUAGCUCCUACACUCAGCCCACCGGCCGCAAUAUUCGUAAAGCUCUUGACGAUCUCAUCCGAUCGGUCAAACCUGGGGAUUUCCUCUUUUUCCACUACAGUGGCCAUGGAACCCGUCUUCCUGCUGAAACCGGCGAAAAAGACGAUACUGGCUACGAUGAAUGCAUCGUUCCCUGCGACAUGAAUCUUAUCACGGAUGAUGAUUUCAGGGAUUUUGUAAACAAGAUUCCGAAUGGUUGUUACAUUACAAUGGUAUCUGAUUCUUGUCACAGUGGGGGUUUAAUUGACGAAGCUAAAGAGCAGAUUGGAGAGAGUACAAAAGGAGGAGGAGGGAAGCAAAAGCCACGGGAAAGUGAAGUUCAUCAAUCAUCAUCAUCGGGUGGUUUUGGAUUCCGUAGUUUCUUGCACGAAACUGUUGAAGAUGCAAUUGAAUCUCGAGGGUUUCAUGUCCCUUCAGCUCUGCGCCACAAUCGUGGACGCCACCAUGAGGAAGAAGAAACAAACGAGGGAGGACUUGAAUCGGGUUUUGAAGGGGAAUGGGGUUAUUCGAAAAACAAAUCAUUGCCCAUUUCAACUUUGAUUGAGAUACUCAAGCAGAAGACUGGCAAAGAUGAUAUUGAUGUGGGUAAGUUAAGGCCAACACUUUUUGAUAUCUUUGGGGAAGAUGCCAGUCCUAAGGUUAAGAAGUUCAUGAAGGUGAUAUUGAACAAACUCCAGAGUAGUGGUGGUGGCGGUGGUGGAAGCGGUGGUAGUUUUUUGGGGAUGGUUGGGAGUCUAGCUGAGGAGUUUAUGAAGCAAAAACUCGAUGAGAAUGAUGAUAACUAUGCAAAGCCUGCUAUGGAUACGAAAGUAGGUAGCAAACAAGAGGUUUAUGCUGGAUCAGCAGGGACCAACCAGUCAUUUCCUGAUAGAGGUGUACUAAUUAGUGGCUGCCAAACUGAUCAAACUUCUGCGGAUGCUAGCCCAUCUGGAAACGCUAAAGAUGCGUAUGGGGCUCUAAGCAAUGCGAUCCAGACUAUUUUAGCUGAAUCCGGUGGUGCAGUCUCUCACCGCGAUCUUGUUCUCAAGGCAAGGAAGAUACUCAAGAAACAGGGCUUUACUCAGCGUCCUGGCUUGUAUUGCAGCGAUGAUCUUGCUGAUGCUCCUUUCAUUCGUUGAUAAUGACAUUUUCAUUCAUCUGUAAGCUAUUCCAUUCUCUUGAUGCUUUCUGAAUCUUUACUUAUGUGGUGGUGUGUGCUCACUUUGAUAACAUACUUUGUGUUAUUUUUUUGGUCAAUUGGUGUGUGAAGCAUUUGAAGAUA